AUGUCCGCAAGGAAAACUAUCCAAGUGGGAACUAAAAGUGUAAGGCCAGUGCUUUCCAUGAAUCAUGGGGAGGCUAAAAUGCGAGUAUUGAGCUUGUACAAGGCUUGGUAUCGCCAAAUCCCUUACAUGGUCAUGGACUAUGACAUGCCAAAGAGUGAAGACCAAUGCCGAGCUAAGCUGAAGGAACUGUUCCUUAAAAACAAAGAUGUCACUGAUGUCAGGGUUAUUGAUAUGCUUGUCAUCAAGGGUCAAAUGGAGCUCAAGGAAACAGUAAACAUAUGGAAACAAAAAGGACAUGUAAUGUCCUACUUCAAGCCCACUGAAGAACCAAAACCUAAAGAUUUCCUUUCAAAAUUCUUUACUGGCAAUAAUGAAUAA